CCUGCUAAUAUAAUCGGACACUAAUUAAAGCCUAUUAUCAACAUAGCAUACUUUCUGCAUUUUGUUGGCCACAGCAAAAUGAUUGUACAUCAAUGCCUUCUAUGAUCAGAGUAUGAUCUCAGAGAUAGGCAAAUGAACGAAUCCAAAGCCGCAUCUUUCACGGAAUUUGAACUGGUGGGUUUUCCAGGUCUGCUGGACUACAAGAUGUUUCUUUUUGUUGGAUUCCUUCUAUUGCUGUUAAUCACACUAACGGCUAAUCUCCUUAUCCUUCUUCUGGUGUUACUGGACCAUCGGCUUCAUACACCCAUGUAUUUUUUCCUCUGUAAUUUAUCCAUACUAGACAUAUUAACGGCUACAUCAAUUAUUCCCAAACUACUGGUGGUUCUCUCUGGACAUGAUAAAACUAUUUCAUUUGCUGCUUGCUUUGUACAAAUGUAUUUUAUAGUAUCAUUUGGGUCAGCAGAAAACUGCUUGGUGGCAGCGAUGGCGUAUGACCGGUACAUUGCAGUUGUUAAGCCGCUGCACUAUAAUGUGAUUAUAAAUUUCAAAAAGUGUAUGCUGAUAAUGAUGAUAGUGUGGAUACUUGGAUUUCUUAUUCCACUUGUGUCCUUAAUUUUAGCUACUAACCUGCCUUACUGUGCCUCAAAUAGAAUCAUGCACUGCUUUUGUGAUUAUCCAUCUGUAAUUUCUCUGGCUUGUACUGACAUUACCGAACAUGUCAAUGGAGCUUUCAUUCUGGCUUUAUUUGUGAAUUAUGUACCCCUACUUUUUGUGCUGUGGACGUAUCUCAGAAUUAUAGUUUCUGUUCUAAAACUUAAAUCAACAGCAAGUCUAUCAAAAGCUUUUUCAAUGUGCUCUUCACACAUGACUGUCGUGCUGAUGUAUUAUGUUUCUGCUUCUAUUGUAUAUGCAGGGCUAAAAAUCGAUGGACUGUCAUAUGAUGGAAGAAUUUUUAUUGGUGGUUUGAAUUACUUUUUAAUGCCAAUGGUGAACCCUAUGAUUUAUAGCUUAAGAAAUGAAAAGAUGAAGGAAGCAGCACAAAGAUAUAUCCACGUAAAAUUUCUUUUUCCACAAAAUGCCAAGAAUUCAAUCAAAGGCACUGACAAGGUUUUACCAAAAAAUGGCAUAACAUCUUCUACAUGAAUGCAGUCUGGCACUAUCACUGGCAUCAAAGUUUUUUUUACUACUGUCAUAAUUUAUAUCUUGUAUCCUAUGUCCUAUUUUCCAUGCAUAGAUUGAAAGAGCAAACAUAAUAAGCAUAAACUCAUAUUCUCCUUACAUAUUGCUUUGAAUC